AUGAGCCAAACAACAGCAGAAUCUACUGAUAGAAAUGUGGAAAUAUGGAAAGUCAAAAAGUUGAUCAAAAGUUUGGAAGCUGCCCGAGGAAACGGAACUUCUAUGAUUUCUCUUAUUAUUCCUCCCAAAGAUCAAAUUUCCCGUGUUGCUAAAAUGUUGGCAGAUGAAUAUGGAACCGCUUCUAACAUUAAAUCUCGAGUUAAUCGAUUGUCAGUAUUAGCAGCAAUCACAUCUACUCAGCAAAGAUUAAAAUUAUAUACAAAAGUUCCAACAAAUGGACUUGUGGUUUAUUGUGGCACCAUUGUUACAGAUGAAGGGAAAGAGAAAAAGGUUAACAUUGACUUUGAACCUUUCAAGCCCAUUAACACAUCAUUAUAUCUUUGCGAUAACAAGUUUCAUACUGAAGCAUUAUCUGAGUUGCUUGAAUCAGAUAAUAAAUUUGGAUUUAUUGUGAUGGAUGGUAAUGGUGCUUUGUUUGGUACAUUGAGCGGUAAUACACGGGAGGUGAUUCACAAGUUCGCAGUUGAAUUGCCAAAAAAACAUGGUAGAGGAGGUCAAUCUGCGCUUCGUUUUGCCCGUCUUCGAGAAGAAAAACGACACAAUUACGUUAGAAAAGUUGCAGAACUGGCGGUUCAGUUUUUUAUUACAAAUGAUAAAGUUAAUGUUACAGGACUUAUUCUUGCUGGUUCGGCAGACUUUAAAACUGAAUUAUCUCAAUCAGAUAUGUUUGAUAAUCGUCUUCAAACUAAAGUUAUUAAAUUGGUUGAUGUUUCAUAUGGAGGUGAAAAUGGUUUUAAUCAGGAAAAGAAACUUAUUUCAAAGUAUUUUGAUGAAAUUUCUCAAGAUACUGGAAAAUUCUGUUUUGGCGUGGAUGACACCUUGAAAGGUCUUGAGUUGGGAGCAAUUGAAACUUUAAUCGUUUGGGAAAAUUUGGAAGUUGCUCGCUAUGUUUUGAAAAAUGCUAAUGGCACUGCAUUUAUUAUUCAUAUGACCAAAGAACAAGAAAAAGAACGCUCACUUUUCCUUGAUAAAGAAACAGGGGUUGAAAUGGAAGUUGUGGAGAGAACGCCACUUUUGGAAUGGUUUGCUGAUCAUUACAAGGACUAUGGUGCGACUUUAGAAUUUGUAACCAAUCGUUCUCAAGAAGGUUCACAAUUUGUUAAAGGAUUUGGUGGAAUUGGGGGACUGCUACGUUAUAAAGUUGAUUUUGAAACUUUGAAUUACAAUAGUGAAGAUGAUGGUUUCUUUUCUGGUUAG